CAUCCCAUAUAACCUAGCACGAGCCAUGUAUUUCUCAUUCCUCCAAGUCGUCGCAGUCGUUGCAGCUUUGUCAAAAUCUAUGUCUGUCACCGCACAGUGUGCGAGUUUAGGCCAGGCUUGUGGCAAGACCAGCCCGACAGGCCUCGCAUGCUGCGAUGACCUUUUCUGUGGGCCUACUGUGAGUAUGAGUCGUUCACUUUGCAUCCAAAAUUCAACCCCACGACUCACCUUUGCGCCUUAUACCAACAGGAGUCCGUUAGUUGCGGAGUUGAUAGAUGUGCUCACUUUUAUGCAAACUUUCCUGACGCCUCGACCAGAGUCCUGAAUAACUUGAAAUUACUGUAGCGUUGAUAGCACUUCGACCUUGGGCUCAGGUCUCAUGUCAUUCGA